CUGAACCCGUUCAGUGUGUGGCAGUUAGACAAGCAGAGGAGGUCGCUAUGUGGGAGAUUCUUAAAUCCGUGACUGCGGAUGCAGACUUGGCGCUGCUUUAUUGCAUCCAGAUGAUUUGAGCCGUUCGCGCAGGACUCAUUUUGAUUUGUUGCACCGUGUCUAUGUGUGGAUCUCAGCCCGGCUGUGUUUUCAAAGAUGCAUCAGACAGUAUCUGCGCAGAGAUGCCCCCGCUGAACAUGAGCAAACAGGGCGUCUGUUACAAUGAAGAAGACGGCGGCGGCUCCUUCCUGUGUUGUUGCGGAUCGUUGCAGCGCUCGGUAUGGACAACCUAAACGUCUCCAUCAUCAUCAUCACCACCAUCCACCACCGCUCCAAUGAGGAACAUUGCGCAGUGCAGUGAAUCGGGUUUUUGGAAAAUAUAUUACCUAAUCAACUGGAAAAUAAAUUCCCAGCAUACACAUUACAGAGCGCGCCUUGGUGCAUUACUGUCGAUGUAAAGAGCUCUGCCCAGUGGUGGGAGCCACUCUCUCCAGGGGUUACAGAUGAGAAGCAAACAAUACCAUCAACCACUGAAGUUGACAGCGCCUUGGGAGAAGGAUGCUGGCUUUGGGAGAAAGCUCAAAACCUACAGGAAUCAUACCAAGAUAAUAGCACAGCCUGGGAUCGUGAUGAAAGUGCUGCGCAGGAAGAGGAUUGUGUUAUUCAUGGCCUAUUUCCUGCUGCUGGUGCUCACCAUGCUCAAUUUGGCCAAUUAUAAAUGGACCAAGGAGCCUCAGCAGUGCAACCAUCAGAUGAGGAGCACCACCUAUCAGAGCAGAUCGGACAUUCGCUUUCUCUACAGGCCCUCCCUGGCUAAGAAGAGACAGCUCAUCUACGUCCUGACCACCUGGAGGUCGGGGUCCUCCUUCUUCGGUGAGCUUUUCAACCAAAAUCCAGAAGUGUUCUUCUUGUAUGAGCCUAUGUGGCACAUCUGGCAGAAGCUGUACCCUGGUGAUGCGGUGUCUCUGCAGGGGGCGGCCAGAGACAUGUUGAGCUCCUUGUAUCGCUGCGAUCUGUCUGUUUUCCAACUUUACAACAGCCCCGGAGGCAAAAACUUUACCUCCCUAGGGCUGUUUGGUGCCACGCUGAACAAGGUUGUGUGCUCCUACCCCCUGUGCUCAGCCUACAGGAAGGAGGUGGUGGGGAUGGUGGAUGAUAAGGUGUGCAAAAAGUGUCCCCCACAGAGCCUUAGACUGUUGGAGGAUGAGUGCCUAAAGUACAACACUAUAGUCAUUAAAGGGGUGCGCAUUUUGGAUGUAAACGUUCUCGCCCCUCUGAUGGAGGACCCAUCCUUGGAUCUGAAAGUGAUCCAUUUGGUUAGAGACCCUCGGGCAGUGGCAAACUCAAGGAUCAAAUCCAGACACGGCCUGAUUAGGGAGAACUUACAGGUGGUCCGCAGCAGGGACCCUAAACUGCGCCGGAUACCUUUCGUAGAUCCCGGCCACAAGGUCAACAAGAAGGACGGCUCCGACUACCAUUCCAUCGGAGCCAUGGAGGUGAUCUGCGACCGCACCUCCAGGACUCUGAGGACUGCCUUGAACCCUCCAGGUUGGCUGAAGGGGAAGUACAUGGCCGUGCGGUACGAGGACCUGGUGGAGAACCCCGUCAAGACCCUGAGGAGCGUUUACCGCUUCGCCAACCUCACCACCAACCAUGACAUUGAGUCGUUUGCGCUGAACAUGACCAGCGGCUCCAGCUCCUCCUCCAAGCCCUUCAUCGUCUCCUCCCGGAACGCCACGCAGGCAGCCAGCGCUUGGAGGAUGGUGCUCAGCAUCCAGCAGAUCAAGCAGGUGGAAGACUACUGCCACCACUCCAUGUCCGUCCUGGGGUACGAGAGGGUGAGAACAGCCGGGGAGGCCAAGGAUUUGAGCAAAUCGCUGCUGACGCGCUCCAAACUGUGAAGAAAAAAAAAACAAAACAAAAGCAUCCUCCUCGCCACCAAAGACCUUUUUAAUUUAAUGUUCAUUUUUCCAUGCAGUGCCGUUUCCUCUUAUUGUGGAAUUAAAGCUUUACGUUCAAGUGUUAAAGGAGCUCCGGCUGGCUACAUUUGGAAUGUAUAUCUUGUUUUCGAGCUGCAGUUUGUACACUUCUUUUAUACAGGAACACCGGCUGUGGGACAAUGACUUAAGAUAGGAAACAAAAGGAUAAUUUAUGUAUCUUGGUAUUACUAUGACACUACAAAGUUGAUGUUUUUGAAGUUAUUUUUGAAUGUUUAAAAUCUUAAAAAAAAAUAUAUAUAUAUAUAUAUAUAUAUAUAUAUAAUUUUUCACUCUCCAUACUGUCUGUACAAGUGAAAAGAAAAACUAGUAGAUGAAAGGAAAAAAAAAGUAGUAACAUAUUUUAAAAAUCAUUUUUAUUUUUAAUACCCCGUUAAAGUCAGAGACAAUCAGUGAUUUGGUUUGAUGACGUGCCAUAGUUAGAAGUCUCAUCAGAACAGCAGUAGUACUUUAUACAGUUGUUUUUUUUUUUUUUAUCUGUCAUUUCAUUUUGUGACAACGUCCUUGUAGGAUGUUGACAUGCACUGUGGACUUUUGGUCAUAACUCUGGAGCAGGACAACCUCUCUUUGUGUCAGUGUGAGCAUUCUGUUCUACCAUCUUCAAAUGUUUACAAUUGCUUGCUCUUAUGAAAACACCUGAACUAAAAAAA